CUGGUUGUGUUUCCAGAACCCCUAUUUGCCAGGAACGGCACCCAGGUAAAACUAGAAUGUAGUAAUCCACCCUGAGCACAGACUGCUUCCUUCUCCCUGGCCCCAGUGAUGCAUCUGGGAGGCAUCACUGAGCCCUAGCGAGAGAAGAAUUACAGUUUCAACAUUUUGAACAGUGGCAGUGCUGGAGCCACAGAGGGAGGGCAGCCACAGCCACAGACAGAGGGAGGCAAAGCAAGUUUGUGCAUCUGAUGACAUACCUCUGGGGGAAACUUAGAACUGUAGGAGAGGCCCCACCAGAGCAAUUGGAAUCCUGAGUUAAUGAUUACAGUGAAGCAGAGUAAGGCCAAAAACAAGAGGACUCUGGUGAAACCGAAAAUGAGGUGGAGAGAGAAUUCCGCACCGUAGGAAAUUCAGUGAGAGAGAGGCUCAGGUUCUGUUGGUGAAACACUGAGUUUGGACUGACCGGCCAGUGGUAAGCCAAGAGAAGAAGGUUCUGAAAUAUUCUGGAGCACUUGAUAUCAUGCGAAGGGAAUUUUGAAUUACAAAUAGAAGAAAAUGGGAGAACAAGGCAGUUUUGAGGAGGGGUAGGUUUAUGAUAUUUACAUGGACUAUUUUGAUUUGCUACAGUGUUUCACAGAAGGGAUCUAUAGAAGCUGGCACGACCGCUGGGAUUUAUGAGGUGGGUGGAGCAGGGAGCUUGGUGCGGCCCAGAUGUGGCUUCCAGACCUGGCAGAGAGCGGAGGUAUGCAAAUGUGGUGGUUGUGGACAUCGGGCAGCGGAGUAGCCCAGGUGACCAACAGUUGCUGAGCGCUCUCAGGUGGGUCUGGAAAGACAUUUGCUCAGAAGUGAGCUGGGCUCCCAGAAGCGCUCUAAUUUCUUCAGAUCAUCUGAUAGCAGUCUCUGAUGUUUACCAGCUUCAGGGAGAUCAGGCCAUUGUGAUUUUUUUUUUUUUUUUUUUUUUUUUUUUUUUUUUUCCUGUAAUAAAACUAGCCCCAGCCAGCCAGACUGGGAACUUACUGCCUGAGCUGUUUUCCAACAUGGUUUUGCUGGCAAAACUAGACAAGAGUGUUUCCUCGACUCUCAAGGGGCCUGUUUACACUGACUUUAUUUUUUACUGGCAGCUUUCAAGUGGGAAGAGGGAGAUUAUAUUUAAAGGUCAGCAGGUAGGCAAAAAGAUCCCUGUUCUGCCAUUCCUGGGUGUGUGCCUGUGUGUGCCUGUGUGUGUGUGUGUGUGCAUGCCUCUAUGUUUGUGUGCGAACACGCGUGUGUGUGUGUGCUUUUCCACAUGCACAUUAUUGUGCCCUGAUCUUGUUGAUGAGACCUGAUCACUUGUCUGUAAGCAUAAUGAUGGUGCCCGGCCGCUUGUUUGUCAGUUCCCUAUUUGUUUAUUGUAAAGAAGGUAAAUCAAUCUGCGGGAUUUCUGGAUUGAAGGGCAAGGAAUAUUUACUGUCAACAGGAUAAGAACAAGGAGAUAAAAGAUACUGGGCUCCGGGGUGCAUCUGGUGUCAGGACAAGAGCAUAAAAAGGCAGGGAAGAAGCCAACUCCCGAGCAUUUCUAUCUUAAAUGGAAACUUUUUAAGUAUUUGAGUGGGAAAUACAACUUGGAAACUUGCCCUUCGGUCAAAGCACCAGUCCAUAGGUCUAGGUCGAGUCAAAUUAGGUUGGACUCCAGUUCAAUUUCAAUUUCAUCAGCUCUCCUUUCUAAAUUCCUUUCUAAAAAAAACUUUCCCGAAAGAUGACAAACAAAUGCUCCCAAUUUGGAUAUGAGAGCUGAAGGGAAGAAUUGGGAAGGGAAGUCUCUGGUCCAUGUACACAUUCCCAAGGAAAUUUAGCACUGAGACUGACAUUCCUGGGAAACCAAUUUGCAACUGUUGUCCUCCACUGAGGGACAAACCACAACAUUGCUGCUCUACUAAGGAUUGACCGAGAAACCAUGAAAUCCCCGUCUGCAGGAGACUUGGAAGACUACCUACUGAAUAAGGUGGACUUGAGGCGCCAGCAGAUCUCGCAGAUUGUGGAGGAGGUACAGAGGGUCGUCCACCAUCUGACCACAGAGAUCAGCCUCCAAGACCUCCGAUUUCAGGCCGUCCCUUACUCUGACACAUACAAUGGGAACAUUAAGGUUUUGGCCCCCAGCCAGUUCCUCAUCACGGUCCCGGUGAAGGGCCUGGUGGGGUACAGGGAGGCCAGGGAGCAGCGCUGGCGAUACUACACCCUGCGGGGCACCAGGCUCCCCUGUCCCUUGCAGGACCCAGAGGGCCUGCGGCAGUGGCUGGAGGCGGAGCAGUUCAUGAAGAGCCAGUGGCAGUGGCAUGAGGCAGACGUGAACAUUGAGGGAGAUAUUGUGCCCGCCAAGGUGCUCCAGGUAUUCCGGAAGCUGGUAGAAAACGCAAUUGGAACCUGUCAUCUCUCAGGUAAGGUCAGCAUGCUGACGCAGCUCUCAGCAGUUUGGGUUGCCGUGGAAACCUCCACAUGUCAGGUGGAGCUAGAGCUGGUCCCCACGGUGGAGAUCCCUACCGUCUGGCCCGAGAAAGCUCGCUGGCCUCCCUGUCUGAAGCGCUGGCCUUCCCGACAACGAGUGGAGUGUAUCAAGUCGUUUGGGUUUGCCUUGUUGGCCUGUUCAAAUUAUCACUGGCAGCAGAGUUUCCUGCAGGCUGAGCAGGUGCUGCUAGACCAGCUGGAUGAGGACGGGGGCUGCCGCAGGAAGUGCUUCCAGGCCCUGAGGCAGAUGAAGGAGGACGUCUGGUGUCCGGGAAAGAGGCCUGUCGUCACGUCCCACCAUCUGCAGACGGUGCUCUUUUGGACUUGUGAGAAAUACCCCCACCCGAAGGACUGGCAGGUGUUCAGCAAAGCGUUCCUGCGCCUGGUGAGGAAGCUGCACAAGUGUGUGAGCCAGCACUUUCUGAAGCACUAUUUCGUGCGCAAGAGCAACCUGCUCCAGCAUGCCAGCUCGGGCGAACUGGACACCGUGGCCCAGAAACUGGCUCUCUUCCUGAAGAACCCCCAGAUCGGCCUGCCCUGAUGCUGCCCCUGCCUGGGAGGCUCUUGGACACUUUAUCCUGGCUCGACCUCGUUCCCUGGAGGAUCCUGCUCAGGAGAGAAGCAACGUGUGGCACAGGAGAUGACAUUGACCCACUAGCACUUAAGGGGGGAACACUGUACCCCAAGAUGUCCAAUCUCAGCUUCCCUAGACCCUAGAGCCAAGCAAGCAUUUCAGCCCUCACGAGCUACCUCUCUUGGGGACAAGCUGUCAUCAGGCUUCCCCAAGCCAUCGAUUCCGAGCUGCUGACAGCACUGGAUGUGUUCUCCUUGCUCGGGCUCUGAGUGUCGGCCGGGGAGGAUAGAGACAAGAACCCCUGGGGGGGCCAGGCAUCGGCCUGCGGCCCAGGACUGGUGCUCCGGCCCACUGACUGUGGGCUCAUUACCUUUCCACUCGCAAAUGCAGCUGUGAAUGUACCUUUCUGAGCCUGCGGGGCUAUGCUGGUGCCCUUACUAGAGGAGGGCACUGGGUCAACACAAAGUGUUAGUCAUUGGUUGGUAGCCGGCGUUUGCCUGCUGUAUCGGCACCAACACCGCUGACGGGGUGAUUGUGUCUGAUCGGUGGGCACACCUGCCCUGGCCUUCCUGCCCUCAGUUCUCCCGAACCGUACUUUGGGUCGUGUGGUUCUAGCUGCUUCCCUGGUGUUCUCUAAGAGGGGAGAGGGUGGUUUUGAUGGCCAGUGUCGGCCAGAGGUGAAAGUUCAGCCCUGCUUGCCAGCCUGCUCCGGCCAUUCCCCUUUUCUUGUGCCCGAUGUUUUAUAUUCUUGGAAUGCGCCCAGGAUGAUGACCUCCAAGAAAUGGCUUGAUGUCACUCACCUCUCAAUACCUGCCUUUGCUCACCUCAUUCGCUCGCUCAUUCAUGGGUAGAUACAUGCUCCUUAGGCACUGGGAGUAGAGUGAGGAGCCAAAUGGACAAAGGAUGUACCCGUUGGGGGACGGCACCUAAUGUCAAAGACAGGAAGUGCACAACAGAUAAAUAAACACGAUUAUUACAAAUGGUAGCAAGUGCCCUGAAGGAAACAAACAGAAUAUUGAAAUAGAGCCACAGAGAGCUCCUCGAAGGAUGAAAAUGCAAACAGCUGAAGGGGAAGGGAAGCGGGGGGCAGGGCAGGCUUGGAGGGGCUGGAAUGGGUCAGAUCACUGAACCUUGUAAAGCUGGCAAGGAAUCUGUAUUUUAUUCUAAAAUCAAAGGCAUGACAGUUGGCCUUUCCCAGAGCAUUAGGGUAUGGUGAUAUGAUUUGCAUUUUGUUUGUUUAUUUAUUUAUGACCUGCAUUUUAAAUGACCAGUCCAGUGACUGUAUAAAGGGGGCGUAGGGUCCCACACAAGAGUUGAGGCAUUGAAGGCCAGUAAGCCCACCCAUAUUGAAUUUCACUGAGGUCCACGGGGCCACACAUCCCGUGUGGCACAAAGAAUGGUUGGGGAGGUCAAUGCUUUCUUCUGGUACUUGUUUAUGCUUUUCAACUCAAGGGAAUCCUUUAUUACUCAGAACAUUUCGCCCACUGAAAUUUCUAAAAGCAUGAACAACUGAGUUUUUUUAAAAAAAAGUCACAUUGGAAAGUGAAAUAUUUUUACAAAAAUACUCUAACCAAAUGGUGGGUUCCCUGGGCUAUCACAUAGGAAAUCAUGAUUUUAAACUGUUGGGGGAAAAAAAAAUCCUUUCAAAGAUAUGAUGAGUUGAUAAUUUUUGAAAAUGUGAAAUAAUGAGCAAGCCAAUGUUUUGUUAAGUCAUCAAAACUUGCAUUCAAAGUCCCAUACUCUUGGGCCUUGGGACACAUCAUUUCUGAGAAGGUGGCAGAUAAUAACUUUUUUUUUUUUUUUAAUGAUGAAAACAACUGAAGCAAGUUUUAAGCAAGCUGUAUAAUGCCAAGAAGUGGAAGUUGGCUGGACCACUGAUUGGAAAUGUGCACGUGGAGAGGAGUGGGACUGACAUACUCCACAGUCUGACCCAGUAGGCUCUUCCCACCUCCCCGCAUCUGUCUGUGGUCUUCGUAGGAAGCAGGGCGGACUCCCGACUGUUCCUCUGCUGGGCAGCAGAGGACAGUAGAGGACCGCAUUUGGGAAGAGCCUCUUUCCCGCACAUACCCCUCAGAGCCCAGUAGGUGGCACCCUCCUCAGCCCGGGACUUAAAUCUGGCUUCUGGGAGAAGGGUGGCCGGCCAUCACAGUCUUUCUGCUUAAGGCUCAGGCUUUCAAAGGGAGCCUGGGAGAGAGUCGUCCCUCCUUUCUGUUUGUAGGCACAGAGCGCCUAGCUCUGAGAAGUCUGAUAUUACUGAUAUUCUGAUAUGCUGAUAAGUCUGAUAUUAUUCUGGUCAAGUUUUUGUUUGUUUGUUUGUUUGUUUGUUUGUUUGUUUUUAUUCUCCAAAAGAUUUUUCCUUUCAUGUCCACUCUGGCCACAGGACUGUUUUAUACUGCAGUGGUUGGUAUUCAGCCAUUUAAGUGACCUUCUUGCCCUUGCAUCUCGCUGUCACACAACUGCCCUUAAUAAGUUGUUCACCCCUCUCUGUAUCUCCAUGUUUUUAUGGGCGUGGUUAUGGGCUGGAUUGCGUCCCCCCCCCCCCACAUGCAUAAAAUUCACGUACAGAAGCUCUCACCCCCAGUGCCUCAGAAUGUGUCUGUAUUUGGAGGUGGGGCCUUUAAAGAGGUGGUCAAGGGGCGCCUGGGUGGCUCAGUCGGUUGAACGUCCGAUUUCGGCUCAGGUCACCAUCUCACGGUUCACAAGUUCUACCCCCGCAUCAGACUUGGUGCUGACAGUGUGAAGACUGUUGUCUCUCUCUCUCUCUCUCUG